AUUCCUUCAGUAGCGCAAUCUAAAAUCCAUAUUGUAAUAAUUAAUAAUAUUUUUUUAAAUAAUAAAACUUUUGUUUUGGUCAAGCGGUUUGAACGGUAUCUAGGUUGGUGAUAUUCGUGAUAUUAUUAACUUCUAUCCAUGACAAAAUUUUGUCAUGCUCCUGUCAUGGCGAUAUUGUGAUUAAUGUCAACGUCUUGCGCCUCUUAUCUUAUACUUUUUUCUUCCCCUAAACCACGAACAUAAAAAUAUUUAUCACCGACUGAAUACCGAUGUAAUAAUCUCGUAACUCGUUCAAUAAAAUGUGGACAUUAAAAUUAAGUAAAAGAUAGUGUUUUUUUCUCGCUGCCACACACGGACUGUCUCGUAACUUCUUUUGCCAGUGGCUCGUUCGUCUCUUAAACGUCUUCUAGAAUGCGACAUGUAGUCACUGCCCAUAGUGACGGAUCGCAUUGAGUCUUGAUUUUAGUCUUGAACCAAUAUAGAUCUGUAAAGAUUCAAAAGCAUAUAAUUGUCACAUGAAAUUUAGUAUUACGGCAAUAGGGCAUUAACCACAAAACUUAAAUGCCAAAUGUUUGACCCAUGAUUAUUUACCAUUAGUAAAAAUGUUAGCAUCUUGUUCAAUAUGUGGCGAUUGUUUCACCGGAAUUCAUCCUGAAUCAGUUCAUACAACACCUUGUGGUCAUGUUUUCCACUACGAAUGUCUCAUGACAUGGAUUCAAAGAUCGCAAACAUGUCCACACUGUCGGUCAAAAGUAACCGAAAAGCAAAUUAUUAAAUUAUAUUUUCAUAACAAUUCAAAUUUAAGUAUAAAAGAAGACAUAUCUUCACUGACACACCAAGUGCAAUCACUUACAUAUGAAAAUACUCUGAAGAAAGAAGAAAUAAAAAAUUUGUUGACUAUAAACAAAAAAGAUAAAGAACAAGUAGCUUCAUUAAAGAAACAUGUCAAAGAUGUGGAAGACAAAAUACGAGGCCAUCAAACAAUUUUAUCUACUUUGCAAGAAAGUGUGCGUUAUUUUAAAUCUGAAUGCAAAAAAUCUUCUUGUUAUAAACUUGAAGCUGAAGAAUUGAGAAAAGAUUUGGUAAAAUACCAAUCAAUAAACAGUAUAUUAUAUGGGACAGCUGCGGAUUCUCAAGAAGCUGUAUCUUUGUUAAAAGAAAAGACUGAUAUUCAAACUCUAUGUUUACUUAUAACCUCUUUUAAAAAAGAAAUUCAUACUUUAAAAGAAAGCAAUAAAGAUUUGGAAACUAAGUUUUCACAACGUGUCACUAAAUACAUGGAACUUAAAAGACAUUUGUGCAAUGUAAAUUCAAAAGAAUCUGUGAAUACCCGAGUAAUAGAAAAAUUGAAAUCAGAAAUUACUGAUCUUGAAGCAGAAAUUGUAAGACUGCAAAAGAAAUGUGAAAAUUUAGAAUCUCUAGUGCAAGCAAAUGAUGAUACUCCAAGAAGAACUGAAUUACGUAAAAGAAUAAUAUAUGAAAGUCCAGCUCCUGAUUUGUCCAUUACUCCAAGCUUAGAAAAAGGUUUAAAAACAGUUAUAAACUCUCCAGGAAAUUCAGUUUCCUCAAUGGAACAGCCAAAAGGUCAAUUAAAGCCACAUAGUUUAUACAAAAAAACAGAACAAUCAUCAUCACAAUGUGUCAACACAUUUAUGCCAAAAAGUCCUCGAAGACCAACUGGAUUUAUGAGACCACCUUUAACUACUAAAUCGGUAAGUGCAAAUUAUGUAUCAAAAUCUAUGGUCUUUUCAAGUAGUUCAGAUGAAGAAAUGUAUGAUGGUCUUGGUGGUCGUUCGAAACCAGAUGUGUACCCUAGUCGACAGAAACCAGUAACUAAAAAGCGAAAAUUAGUUUCUAAUUUCAAAAAAAAACCACCACCAUCAAAUGGUAAUACAACUUUGGAUAGUUUUUUAUCUACCGAAAUUCUUUAAG